CCGGUGUCUGUUCGAGCUGGUUCAGUUGGUUAUUUCGCUCACGACUCGCAACAUCAUCACAACAGUCGCGUACCGGAUCUCGUAGGCACGUUGCCAUUCUCAUAUUAAAUUAAUUUAUACGCUAGUCUGUUGUGCGUUUGGUAUUAUAAAAAAUUGUGUUUUGUGCCGCCAACUGGUGACAUUGAUUUGUAUGCGAGUAUCAUAAUAUAAUUGUAGUGCUGCAAACCGGUAACAGCGUUUGUCACCGAUCUCGUGAAUCAUGAGAGAAGUCGUUGGAUUUUGCUAGCGUCCAAGAAGAGUUAAUUUCGCGUUUUCUAAGUUGAAGUCACGACAUUGCCAAGGGAUAGGGUAAUAAACAUGGAAAAUCCGGCUUACAACCCGGAGGAAGGGCAGCGUAUGGCCAACGAGUGUCUGGCCGCGAGGUUAUUGUCCGGAAAGGACAACGUAGCGGCCGGAGGCACCACGGUGUCCACCAUUUACGACCCACGCGUGUACGGCACCACCGUAGUGACGCCCACGCCGGGAACAUUCCAGUCUGUCCGGCAACCUAAGAGGUGUACCUGCUGGCAACCGCCUUCGGACAUACCGCAUUUGCAUAAGUGCAAUUCUCCACCUAGGCCCAUGUGCCACACCAACAUGUUCGCCCUAUACACGUUUCUGUUCUUCGCCGCACUCAUCUGUCUGGCCACCAGCAUACUCCUCUACGUCACCCGUGUACAAGUUCCGCACAAAGAUAAAAUUCCAUUAGUAGUCGAAGGAGAAUUUCAAAUCACGAACAUUCCUUACACGAUUGGUUUUGUCAAUAGAAAUUCUUCGGAGUUUUUAGCUUUGAGUGCCAAUAUAACUGCUCAGCUGGACGACACGUUCAAAAAUAGUGAACUGUUUUUGUGGUACGAUGGCUGUGAGGUGACAGAUAUGAGCCCCGGCCAGUCGAAAGGGAUCCAGGUGCAAUGCGAAAUCAAAUUCUCACAAGAACCCGAGGCAGCCAUCGGAGUCGGCCAGAUUGGCAUCGCGUUUCUGAAAACGCUGCGCAUACAACACGGUCACACGUGGCUGGGCAAUUACAGUGUGGACGUACAGUCCAUCGGGUUCCAAGUGAGUGGCGAACUGGGCGUUUGGACCGAGUGGUCGGAAUGGAGCGGAUGCGAAGAUCCCGGAGACUACGUAGCCACUAGGACUCGGAAGUGUCUGACUCGAGACACCCGGGAGCCCACCAGCGUAGACCGUUGUCUGCUCAUACCCGGUAAUAAGAGUGACUUGGAUUUGAUGCCGUGCAGGAUAUACUUGUCUCAAAACUCCGACUUGGACGAAUACUUUACCGUACCACCCGCUGUACCGACUUCCACGGCAAAAGCUGUUGUGGAACAGGCUCCGGCUAACAAAGCCUCCGAAAAUGUCGAAGACAAUUGGAUUUGCGACGAGUGCAAAGCUGACGAGGUCUGUUUAGCCGACCGCGACGAAGGAAUUCUGCAGUGUCUGCCGAGUUUGGACGUUAAAGAUUUAACCGGUUGUGGAGGCCAUUGCGGCAUCAACACUCAGUACUGUCAAAAUAUUCACAGAAAUGCUUACACAUGUGUGGAUACGUCGUCAUGUUCUAAAAAUGAAUUCGAAUGUGCAAAUCGUAUGUGUGUUCCGGAAAAGUCCAGAUGCAACGGCACAUUUGAAUGUGUUGACCAAUCCGACGAGAAAGACUGCGAAUGCGAUCUGGAUACACAUUUUCAAUGCGGUACACAAUGUUUGCCAAAAAUUAAAAUGUGUAAUGGCGUUUUGGACUGUUGGAACGGGCACGAUGAACUGAAUUGUACACAUUGCGAAGACGGUAAAUUCGCUUGCAACACAUACGAUGAGUGCGUCAGUGUGCAUAGGUAUUGCGAUUCGUAUGCUGACUGCUCAGAUAAGUCAGACGAACCGUUCGGUUGCGACAUUCCCUGCAGAAGUAAUGAGAUAACUUGCAGAAACGGCCGAUGUGUAAAAAUCCAACAUAUUUGUGAUGAGUUAGAAGACUGCGGAAGUGAAUCUGUUUAUAAUGAAACGUACUGUCAAUUUGUGAAGUAUUAAACUGCUAGAUAUUUUGUACAGACUUGCACAGAACUACUUUAAUAUGUUUAUAUUUAUAUUGUUAUUAUUCUAUUAUGUUGUAAAUUUAAUAUUUAUUGAAUAAACCAAAAUUAUAGUUAAU